AUCAACUUUCACCCAAACCCAUUAUUCUCCCGUUCUUCGUUACCCGCGAUUGACGCUUCGUUACCCGCGAUCGACGCCUUGAGAACCCAAUCGUCGCCGAAGGAUAUUACGAAUAAAUAUAAUGGCUCAGAUCCUCAUUCCCACAUCCCUAAUUUCCAAAUCAAACCAUCGUCUAAUCCCCCGGCGACGACUGAUCCCUACGCUGCGAAAAGCGUUUGGCGUCACUGGAGACGAAGGUCGUCGGUCGUCGGCGUCCCUAUAGAGAUUACAACUUGAGGGGAUGGGCAUAAAGAAAAUCCAGGAGAAAGUUUUAGAAAUGAAUGGUCUGAUUUUGAUGGGAGUGAACGUGUGACAGAAUUCCCCAUGAUGGCGAUUGUGAAACGAACAGCAAGAAAAAGAACAUUAUCAUUCUGGGGAAGGGAUGGUCAUCAAAUUAGGCUCGCAUUCCCCUAUCGCAAACCUUCCAAGCUAGAGUAUAUGACACAUAAGUUCAAAAGAAAUGAUAAAAAUCUGAUAGCAGCUUUCAAAGACAACUUAGAUUUGAACCAGGAGUCAACAUGUCAAGAAUAUUUCACUAAUGAAGCUGAAUCUUCCAAAAAGAAAGUUCAUCUUGAUAAUGUCUCUUUAUCUGUCACUUGUGACAAUACAGAAGUUGAAAUUUGUUCCUCGGAUAACAUUACACCUUGCAAGAGAAAUUUGUUCGAAUCUGAUGUCGAGCAAUCUGUUUCAGUGGACUUGAUCUCUCCGCAAAUGUCAAGCAACAAAAGGGAAAAACUUAUCAAAAUUGAAAAAGAUAAUUACUAGAUUCUACGUAGAGUAGAAGCUACAUUUUGAAGGGAAAAACCUAUCUGAUUUUUGAUGUAUGAAACUUAUAUUUAGUAUUCUUGUAUGAACACAUAUUUAGUAA